UUGGACCUCCAUUUUCAUGAGUGGAGCAAAUGAAGUCAUUGGAAGUGGAAGCUGCAAUGACAAGCAAAGCAAUCUCUCUCCAAAAAUCAAUAUCCCCACCCACCUCGUAAAGAAAAGAAAAGAAAAGAGCAGCAUGAAAAAGGGGAAAAAAAAGUUGCAUUGCAUAAUAAAACAACCACAAGUAACAUCAUCAUCUUCAUCAACAACAUCGUUGAUUUUCUCUUCUUCCCUCUUCAUUUCCACCAACUACCAUACCCACCCAAUGUAUCAUUUUUGAUCUGUUUGUUCUCUGUAUCAACCUCUGUUUUCGUUCUGUUCUUUCUUAUUUGUCAAAGCUUUGUUGUCCUCAACCUUGAAAUUCUCAAGAGCAGUCCUAUUUCUAGUGAUGGAUUCAUUCGGUAGAUCAUCUGGUUUCCGUUUUAACCCAAAUUCAAACGCCAUUAGCGAUGCAGACCGAGAUUCCGAGUUUUCGGGCAUUCUUGAAAUCUAUGUUCAUCAUGCUAGGAAUAUUCAUAAUAUAUGCAUCUAUGACAACCAAGAUGUUUAUGCCAAAUUCUCCCUAACCUAUAACCCUGAUGAUACCCACUCAACUAGAAUCAUCAAUGGAGGUGGAAAAAAUCCAGAAUUCAACGAAAAUUUGAUGAUGAAAGUCACUCAAAUUGAUGCUGUUCUCAAAUGUGAGAUUUGGAUGCUUAGUAGGGCUAGAAACUAUAUGGAAGAUCAGCUUUUAGGAUUUACUUUGGUUCCCAUUUCACAGGUUGUUGGCAAAGGAAAAGUCACUCAAGAUUACAGCCUCUCUUCCACUGAUCUAUUCCAUUCUCCUGCUGGUACCGUCAAAUUGAGUCUUUCUUUGAACACUUUCGCACCUGUCAAUUCCCAGACCAAUUCCUUUCCUGAAAUCACUAUAACCGAUUCUUCAAUUUCUGCAGAAGUAGUAUUGCUUGACCGAAAAAUCUCCGAAGCUAUUUCAGACCCGAUUGAGUAUUCAAGGAUAGAAUUUCCUGAUAUCAAUGUUGUUAGGGAGAAUCAGCAAAUGGUUUCUGAGUACUUUGAUGGGUUGAAUUCAAGGCCAGGAAUUGCUUCAUUUCUCCACCUUGGUGCCUCUCACCAGCACGUUGAAGAUUAUGAAAUGACAGCAAAUUCAUCUGAAGAAAAUCAUGGUGAAUCCAUUUCUCCAAAUGGAAGCCUUCAAAAUUCUGGAUUUUUGAGUUCAACUACAACAAGCUUAAGUGAUGAUAGGAACUCAGCUGACUCUACGGAGAAGAAGAGUCGUCUUGGUGGCGAGUCAUCAAAUUCUCUCAACGCAUCGGUCACUACCGAGGCUAAUCCAAGCUCAGGUGCUUGCCCGGAUACCCCAACUUCAAAGAAAGGAGGUGAACUCACUGAACCUAGAGAUGUCAAAGACUUGCACUAUUCAAGGAAAGAAGAAGAGAGCAACAAAGAAGGAAAUAUGAAUUCUGUUAAAUUUGGUCAAGUUUUUUCAUCUCCAGUCGGAAACAUCAAUCUUGAGGCAGAACAGUCCGCAAUGCAGCAACAAAUAGUAGACAUGUACAUGAGAAGCAUGCAACAGUUUACUGAGUCGUUGGCUAAGAUGAAGCUCCCAAUGGAUCUUGACAAACCUGAACCUGAUGAUCGCGGAGAUUUGAUUCAAAACCACAGCAAGAAAACAGAACAGGAGAAAAAGAAGGAUGGGUCAAGGGUUUUUUAUGGUAGCCGGGCAUUCUUCUAAGUUCUAAUCAAUCCACAUUGCUGCAAAAAAAAAAAAAAAAAAGAAGAACUAUGAUCUUAAACUUAUCAAAACUUGGGGUUUCCCUUAGCUUCAUGACUAGUAUUUUUGACAUUGAUUUUAACAAACUUCUCUUGUUGAAUAGCGUAGUUUUAUCGGGAAUUCAGCUGUUAAUUCUUCUAUUAACUUAAAUGUGAGAUUGUAAUUUAUAGCUGAUGAAUAUGAAUAAAUUACGAAUAUCCUUCUGUUUUUGCUUUGGAGAAAACAAGAAAUCAUUCUUUUGAUUUAGAGCUUUAGAAUUUCUUCAUCUCCAAGCACUCAAGAGGAAAUAUUCAGAUAUCCUUUGCUGUUGCUAUUGCUAUGAUCAAUGAGCAACUUUCUAUAUCCAACAGAAAAUGUUUGUUCUGGUGCUUUGUAGAAUUUACAUUCCCUGUUAGAAAACACCAGACUCCAUUUAUUUUGUUGUAAGAAUCUUAUCUGAAAAAGUGAUUUGUUUUGCGUUAUUUUGUUUUUGCAAUGAUUACAUUUAUUUAGUGGCAUAAUUGUUGAAAUCUUUUCGUUAUUAGUUUGGCAUAGGAUAGAAUCAAACUGCUUAGAAAAACCUGACAUUCCCUUUUACAUUAUUUUCCUCAAGCUGCAGGCAGGGCUUGAAAGGAUGAGAAAGGCGUUUUUUCCAUUGCAUAUUCAAGGCUGCAUGUUAUUACCGUGAAAUCUGAGUUCUUGAAAUGAAUGCCUUUCAAGUUUCACCUCUAAAUCAGUUGUGACCAUUUAAUUUUUAUUGGGAAAACUCCAAGCAUUAAAUGCUUUAAUGGGUUCUGUAUGCCAAUCAAAAUUAAUUAAAU